AAAAAAUGCCAUGUUUCUGAAAAUCAGUCCUACCUUUAAGACAGUAGCCAAUCAGCGAGAAAGGAAGGAGGAGCUACAAUGUCAGAGUUCUUCGUCCCAAGUCACACGUGACCGCGCAGUAGUUCCAGGUGGUUAUAUCUGAAGAUUGGAGACGAUGGAGCUGAAGUGGAGAGUGUGCCUGCUCCUCCUGGCCCUGGCCUGGUCUCUGGCUCUGGUACGGGCUCAGGACGAGGGAGAUGACCUAGACGUGGAGGACGACCUGGACGCCAUGGGAGACGAGGUGGGAGACGAGGGCGAUGAAGUGGACGAGGGGGAGGAGGAGAAGCCCCCCAGCCCGCCGCCCGCCCCAAAAGUGACCUACAAAGCACCUGAGCCGAUGGGAGAUCACUACUUCGCCGAGUCUUUCGACAGGGGAACGCUCGAUGGAUGGGUCCUGUCUAAAGCCAAGAAGGAAGAUAUCGAUGAAGAAAUCGCCAAAUAUGACGGGAAAUGGGAAGUGGAGGAGCUGAAGGACUCCAAACUCCCCGGAGACAAGGGCCUGGUCCUGAAGUCGCGCGCGAAGCACCACGCUAUCUCUGCCCACCUGCUCAGGCCCUUUGUCUUCGACACAAAGCCCCUUAUUAUCCAGUAUGAAGUAAACUUCCAGACGGGUAUCGACUGCGGCGGGGCCUACGUCAAGCUUCUCUCCCAGACGCCUGACCUCGACCUGGAUCAGUUUGUGGACAAGACGCCCUACAGCAUCAUGUUCGGGCCCGACAAGUGCGGAGAGGACUACAAGCUGCACUUCAUCUUCCGCCACAAGAACCCCAAAACGGGCGAGUACGAGGAGAAGCACGCCAAGAAGCCCGACGCCGACCUGCGCACCUACUACACGGACAAGAAGACGCACCUGUACACGCUGGUGCUGAACCCGGACAACAGCUUCGAGAUCCUGGUCGACCAAACGGUCAUCAACAGCGGGAACCUGCUGACCGACGUGACCCCCCCGGUGAACCCCGCGGCCGAGAUCGAGGACCCCGACGACCACAAGCCGGAGGACUGGGACGAGAGGCCCAAGAUCCAGGACCCCGAGGCGGUCAAGCCCGAGGACUGGGAUGAAGACGCCCCCGCCAAGAUUCCGGACGAGGACGCCGUGAAGCCCGACGGUUGGCUGGACGACGAGCCGGAGUACACCUCCGACCCCGACGCCCUCAAGCCCGACGACUGGGAUGAGGACAUGGAUGGGGAGUGGGAGGCUCCCCAGGUUCCUAACCCCAAGUGUGAGACCGCCCCUGGGUGUGGUGCUUGGGAACGGCCCAUGAUUGACAACCCCAACUACAAGGGCAAGUGGAAGCCUCCCAUGAUUGACAACCCCAACUACCAGGGGGUGUGGAAGCCCAGGAAGGUCCCGAACCCGGAUUUCUUCGAGGACCUGCACCCGUUCCGCAUGAGCCCCUUCAAUGCCGUGGGGCUGGAGCUCUGGUCCAUGUCCUCCGACAUCUUCUUCGACAACUUCUUCAUCAGCUCGGACCGCAGCGUGGCCGAGCGCUGGGCCAACGACGGCUGGGGCCUGAAGAAGGCGGCAGAGGGCGCCGCUGAGCCUGGCCUGGUGAAUCAGAUGAUGACGGCCGCGGAGGAGAGGCCCUGGCUGUGGGUGGUGUACGUGCUGACCGUGGCACUGCCUGUCGUCCUCAUCGUCGUCUUCUGCUGCACUGGCAAGAAGAAGCCAGAGGCCGCGGAUUACAAGAAGACUGACGAGCCCCAACCCGAUGUGAAGGAGGAGGAGGAGGAAGAGGAGGGAGAGGGUGAGGGUGAUGAGAAGCCUGAGGAAGAGGCAGAGGAGGGCAAGGAGGAAGAGGAGAAACAAGCAGAGGAGCAGAAGAGCGAUGGAGAGGACGGCCCGGAGGAGCCUGUGGCCAAGGAGGAGGACGCGGAGGAGGAUGAGGAGGACGGAUCCGACGAGAAGCAGGAAGAUGAUGUCUUGAGAAGGUCUCCCAGAAGCAGGAAAGUGAGAAAGGACUGAAGGACUGGAAUCUUGGAUCUGAUGACACACGUCUCUUCUGGGAGUAACAUUGAGGAAGAAAAAUGGAUUGGCUUUCUCAUAAUUAUGUGUUUAAAAGAAAAAGCCUGUUUUGUUUAGUUUUAAUUUGCUAGUGUCUUUUUUUAUUUUUCACUGUCUAAAGUUAAAUUGUCGAAAAUUAACCCCUCGCACUCGGCGGCUGGUUGCGCGAGGUUCUCCUGCACGUGCUCAGUAGCGCCGCUCCGCGGGGCCCAGGCCUCUGAGAAGUGGGAGGAGCCCGGCGGGCCCAGUAGGUUAGAACGCGCUGCCUUACAGUUCUAGAAUGCAAGGAUCGCUGAAACUUUCCUGAAUGUAAUGUGAGUGUAUUUUUUAUAUAUCUAUAUUAUAACACAAGCAACUUUUUUUCCCUUUGAUCUUUUCAUUGAUUCCAUUGUUGUUGUUUUUUUUUUUUUUCCAUAAUGUAGGGGACUGUUUGUUAUGUUUGUAUGUCAUGGAAUAAAGAAAAAGUAUUUUUCAGUGCGGUGUGACAGAUGAAAAUGAAUCAGUACGCGGUAUUCUUCACGGUGAUGGUGAUGGUGAAGGAGUGCUAGCAGGCAGUAAAACGAGGGCUCUGUUGCGUUGGGCACGCUCGUGUGUGUGUGAGGGAGGGGCCCCUGGUGACUCACCGGUGGGAAAUUUCCCGCAGUGUCUUUGCGGGCCUCCUCGUUGGAGGAUGAGUAAACCCGCGUGCUCCUCGUUGGUGGGCGAGUCGGCUCCAAAUCACAUCCUGUGACCUCAUUUCCUGGCAGCACAUUUUUGAUUUCGAGUGACGGGGGCGCGCAAGCCCCCCCCCUGAGCGUUUGGGCAGACGGGGGAGGCUUCUGAGGUCGUUAAAAGGAAGUGUAGGAACCACGUUGAACGGAGUCGCUCUGAAAAGUGAGGCUGAACAUUCUCUAGCAUCCAAGCUUAUCAAUCUCCUCCAAAACCAUACCUCUGCCAGUGGUGCCCAGCCCCCCCACCCCCAGGAUCUCCUUGCUGUUUGGGGCUGUGUGUACCCCGUGUGACAAGUUCUGCAUUUGGCUCGGCCUGGUGUGUUACCUCAUUUCACUUGCAUACUGGUGACCCUGUGAACACUGCGGCAGAUGUGGUUAACACUUCAGCGUGGUGAGAAAAAGCCCGAAAAGCCAAUACGUUUCCAAGGCUCAUUCAAUACCUUUCCAAGCCCCUGUUUGCCGCCAUCUCCCCGUUUUCAAAAUGACAGAACUCUUCUCCUCUUGUGUCUUCUGUAGGCUUAUAAGAUUAUGAGUGAGAGGGAGGCAUGCUGUAAACAAGCUUUUCUUAAGGCCAUUGAAGGUUACUGUGGAUGUUCUGAUGCAUUUGGCCCAAAGUUAUGCCUGUGUAAAGAAAAGGAAUAAAGCAAAAUUGUGGUUGUUGCUUUUAAGAUUAAAAAGGUUCAAAUGAAGAGGGGUUUUGAUAAGUUGUUUUGAAGCGGAGAGUGUAUAGGAUGCUAGCUCACACUUUUAUCCACACAGAGAGGGAAUUUAUCAGACUGUUAAAAUGGAUGGUAAAGUAUCCACGAGAGAACAGAGGCGGACGAGCAGUUUAUGUGGGUGCUCUCCAUCUCCUCCUAAAAUAGGAGUAAGGUGUGUCUUGAGUUGGGGGGGUGCAGCAGGUGAAGUUCUGAUGUCAAACUUCUAUCAAGAGUGGGAACUGCCACUGUGUACUGCAGGUUAAAACGUAUGUCUGUCAUAUGUCGUAUUAUAACCACGCCCUGCUUUCUCCAUUGUACCUGGCAUACAGCACAUGUACACAAACACAGUCCACAACAAUCAUGAAAUGUCGGUACACCAGUUUCUUCCUGUCAAAGAAUAUUCAGUUUGAUUCGAUUUUACAUUCCAAGAGCGCCAAAAAAAAUGCAUUUCAUCUAGUGUUGGAAAGGGCUUUACUUGUCUGUCUGCAAGCUUUAUUACAACUCAUAACUAGUCCCAGUUUUCACCUCUUUCUCCCCCCCCCCCAUUGUUGUAGAUGUAGCCAGAAUUAAAAAAAAAUUUUGUCCCUUGAUAAUUUUUUCCAAAACUGUUGAGAUACAGUACUUUCGAUUCACACUCUUCCGCAAAGACGGCACUGUGCAGUGCGCUGGUAAAGAUGCACCCUGCUCCUGGUUGCAGGCCCUCUGGGUAAAUCCAGAGUUUGAACAGCAGGUGGAACUGAAAGAUGCGCGUAGGUUUCUAACUCAUUAAUCAUGUAUACUAGUCCUAGAAGCUAUGAUAAUACAUUUGGUUAUAACUGUUCUGAUUUUUUUUGUUGUUGUUGUCUCCUAAUAACAUUUGAAAUUGAUCUCUAAAGAGUGGAUUUUUUUAUUGUAAUUAUUUAAUGCCACGGUAUGUUUAAAAGAAAAAAAUCCUUACUCCUUUGUGUUUUGAAUGCAGUCAUCUGUAAAUGGAAACAUGCCAAUUUCUUUUUUUUUUUUUUUUUUUUUGCUGGAAAAUAAAGAUCUGAUGAAAUAUG